UUUAACUUCAGACUGAGAUUAUAAUUUUUUUUUCAAAAAAAAUUUCGCCAUCACAUAAAUACCCACGAACUUAACCGCCAAAUCUAACUUCCAAUAACUCAAUUUGAAUUUUUGAAAGAAGAAAAAGAUGACGAAGAGAGGAAGAAAAACCAAAGUUUCCGAUCUUCUGAAAACACCGUCGCCGGCAGCUUCUCCGACGGAAAGUUCUCCGAAAUCGCCAAUCUUCACGAGAGCAGCUUCUACAUCCAAAGGCGUGAAGAGAGUAGCCGCCGCUCUUACCACCACCACUUCACCACCUCGCAGUACUCACAAAGCUCCGAACAACAUCUCUGACCUCAAGAGCCUCGCGUCUUCAAGCAUUAACGAUCUCAAACGCCGGAUCGAUCGCUCUCACUCUGAGAUCCUCAAGGAUCUCGAGGCUUCUCAUUCGCGCCUCCACAAGCGUUUCAAGAUGCAGAGUCAAGGAUGCCAGCAAGCAACGGAAGAAGCUGAAAAGGAUUACAAGAAAUUGUCUGAGCGGAUUACGGAAAGCCGAGAUGCAAUGAAGGCUUCUUAUGAAGAAUUUAUGGUUGAUGCACAGGCUACAGCAUCCCGUGCAUGCAAAACUUCUAUAACUGAGCUUUCGCAGAAGUUUGAGAAGGCUAUUGACUCUCUUCGAAACCGUCAUGGCAUUACAUCUAAGUAGCUUUAUGGAAAGAUAAAGAUGAGCUGUCUGGAUUCUGGAACACGACAAAUGUAGAUUUUUAAAAAAGGACUUGAUAUCCAGUUAGUUUUGUUUUUUCAUCAUCUUUUUGUUAUUCUCAAAUCCAAUUUACAAAAAGAAAGCAAAAUUAGGAAAUACUCAGUUCCCUGUUUGUACUGUCAAUUAUUAGGCUACUGAUAAUUGUGUUCUUGAUUGCGGAUGUGUAUAAUUGGUUGACUUAUAUGGAUGGCAGUAAUAAUGUAGGGGAAAAUAUCAUCGGAGUGUUUAAUCAUUUCGAGAUGUUGCCAAGUUGCGGGUCGUAUUGGACAAAGUGAAUGGCAUAGAUCAUAGAUGAUUCCUGUCAUCAUACUUUGACUCCAUAUUUUAGCAUACAUUAUUGAGGGCUACUGUUUUGGACCAGUUAUUUGGACACGUUGGAGUAUAUGUGCAUAGUUUGCAAGUUCUUUUCACUUCAGAUUCCAACCAAAAAUGCCGACUACCUCAGAUUUCUCGGAUCCGCCAUUAUUGUUCUUUCUACCUCUACGGAUAAAAUUUAAGUUUUGUUCAAAACACUUGUGAAGUAUUUUUUAAACCAACCAAUCACUUAAUAUCUUUUAUAAGAAUCCAC